CAUUCCCGCCAAGUCCUGAUACCUAGCUCACCUGUUGGUCACUGACUCAUUAUGGCCACGCGCAUUCGACCGAGUAAUAAACGGUGUGCAGUCAUCGGAGGAUCCGGUUUCCUGGGCAGACACUUGGUAGAGAAGCUGCUGGAUCGAGGUUACUCUGUUUCUGUGUUUGACAUCCGUCAGAGCUACGAGCUGCCUGGAGUCAGCUUCCACCAGGGAGACCUCUGCGACAAACAGGCUCUUCUGCCAGCUCUUAAGGAUGUAUCCCUGGUCUUCCACUGUGCCUCCCCAGCCCCUGCCAGUGAUGACCGUGGGCUGUUUGAGAGGGUCAACAUUCAGGGCACACGCACUGUUAUUCAGGCCUGCAUUGAAACUGGAGUACAGAAACUGGUCCUGACGAGCAGUGCCAGUGUGGUGUUUGAGGGAACAGACAUUAAGAAUGGGAGAGAGGACUUACCAUAUGCCAAGAAGCCCAUUGAUUAUUACACAGAGACCAAAAUUCUGCAAGAGAAGUUGGUCCUGGAGGCAUGUGACAAGCAGAAGGGUUUACUCACGGUUGCCAUCCGUCCUCAUGGCAUUUUUGGACCUCGGGACCCACAGCUGGUCCCCAUCCUGGUGGAUACGGCUCGCAGGGGCAAGAUGAAGUUCAUCAUUGGUGACGGGACCAACCUGGUGGAUUUCACCUUUGUGGAAAAUGUAGUUCAUGGACACAUCCUGGCUGCUGAACGCUUGUCACCAGACUCUCCCAUAUGUGGAAAACCCUACCACAUCACCAAUGAUGAGCCAAUUCGGUUUUGGGACUUCAUGUCUGAGGUUUUGGUAGGCCUGGGAUAUGCUGCUCCACGCUACCACCUCCCCUACACCCUUGUCUAUGGACUAGCUCUGCUCCUCUGGCUGCUGGCCCUGAUUCUACGCCCUCUUGUGUCCUUCAAACCCACCUUCACUCCGAUGAGAGUAGCUCUGGCUGGAACACACCACUAUUACAGCUGUGACCGUGCUAAAGAGGACAUGGGUUAUAAACCAGUAGUCAGUCUGAAGGAGGGGAUAGCACGCACUGUGCAGAGCUACCCUCAUCUUAGACAAGGAGCUUGAUGCAUGGAGGUGAAGACUGUUGAGUCACUGAAGUCUGUGGGCGUUGGUACAGAUGCACUGAAUGGACAAGUCAAAACAGACAAUAUACCUUUAUUCAAACCUUAGUGUGCCUUUCAAUAUUAAUGUCCCAUUUUUACCAGCAGAGGGCAGCAGAUAGUCUUGUUGUCAGUCAACAGACACUGCAGUGAGAUCUUGCUUUAUGCCAACUUAAAUAUAUUUGCUCUUAUACUGUGAAAACCACAAAGACUGACAGGUUCUUGCUUCAUUCACAUGUGUUUCACUCCUGUGCAGUACACACUUUGAGAGGCUUCUAUUUUUGUCAAAAUGCUUCAAUACAAUCCAUUAAACAAUGAUUCUGCUGAAAUAACUGUGAUAAAAAUGAUUGUUUAAAGUCAUACAUUUACAUGAUAUGGCCAAAAGUAUGUGGACCAACCUGCCCAGCUAAUUCUACAACAUCAGUGGGCUUCCAAACUUGUGCCUCUU